UUGCGGCGGAGAGACGACGGCCAUGGCGUUGGGAGCGGAGGAAAAAGCGAGCACAGAUCUGCAGCUUGACCCGUCCAGCAUGGACAUACGUCCCCAGGAGAAGAUGACUGCCAAGCGGUGCAGCAGCUUCAAUGCCGGCGGCGAGGUGCCAAAGGUGCUGUGGGAGAUCGACCUCUCCAGGCUGGAGAUCAACGACUUUAUUAGGCAAGAGCUAUCCGGUACGCUGUUCUGCGGCAAGUACCAUGGCCGCGAUGUCGCCGUGAAGCUGCUCGAGUGGGGACGGGACGGGCGCUCGACGCCAGAACAGAUCGCCCAACUUGGAGAGCCGCUGCGGGAUGUGGCUAACGCCUGGCACCAGAUGGACCAUCCGAGCAUCGCCAAGCUCGUUGGCGCAUUCAUCGGUAACUCGCCACCGCCGGACACAACGUCGUUCGUCCUGGUCGAGCACCUCACCGGAGGAACGCUGAAGGACUAUCUAAUCAAGCAUAUGGAACGUAAACUUUCAUACAAGAAUGUCAUCAACUUUGCACUGGCAAUGGCGAGAGGGUUGAGCUACCUCCACUCGAAGAACAUCGUGCACCGUAGCGUCAAGACUGAAAACAUGCUCCUUGACGACAACCUCAACCUCAAGAUUGCCGACUUCGGCGUGGCUUGUAUUGACUAUGACCCGAAGGACAUGACGGCGCUGACAGACACGUCGUGCUACAUGGCACCGGAGCUGCUUGUCGGAAAGCCGUAUAACCACAAGUGUGACGUGUACAGCUUUGACAUCUGCCUCUGGGAAAUCUACUGCUGCAAGAUACCCUACAUGGAUAUCAAGUUGGACGACAUCAAAUCAGCAGUCCUCAAGAAACACGUGCGGCCUGAGAUCCCAAAGUGCUGCCCGCGAGACAUGGCACGCAUCAUGAGGAGAUGCUGGGACGCCGAGCCGGCGUCGCGUCCAGGGAUGCAAGAGGUUAUGGAAAUGUUGGAGAAAUUAGAUACCAAGAAAGAUCGUGGCAUGGUGUCAGUGGGGCAGUCUUCUAGGUGCUUCUGCUUCUCCGUCAGAUGUCGUGGUGUUUAGAUUAAAAUGAUUUUCUUAUAGAUACGGUUUUCAGGCGUCGUGGUUUUUAGAUUGAAAUAACUUUCUUGUAGAUAUUGUUUGAUCAAUUCGUUGUUGCGUGCACAUACAAUAUGUUCAAGUAUAGGUGUAAUAUUAGCUAUCCAUCCCUCGCCAUAGUACAUGCAAAUUAGUUCCAUGUUUAUCUAAUGACAUGCUUAAUCAC